AUCUGCACUUUUGUAACUUCCCUUUGCUUGACUUUGUGUGGCUUGUCUUAGGGGCUUUAUAUGGGAUUUCAUGGAAUGCAUGCAUUCCAGAGUAGGAUCAUGUGAAUUAAUUUUAAAUUGGACAAUCCUCCUGACACCCUCCUGACUAAAAGAUAGGAUGAUUCAAAUUUGAAAAAAUUACAAUGUGAUCUGAUAUCAACUUCCUGCCCAUCUGAGAUUGCCACCUCAGUUUGUAGGAUUCUCCCUCUGGUUCUAUCACCCCAAUACCUGCAGCCUUUUCCACGACCCCAUCCCUUUUCUAGUGUCAUUGGGCCAUGGUUCGCAAGAAAGGUUCUCUUAUACUAUGCGGUGCUUUCCUGUUUGUCGCCUGGAAUGCUUUGCUUCUACUUUAUCUUUGGGGUCGUCCUCCCAUCGGCCGCCUUGGAGAAGGUGGUGGAGCGGAACCAGGAGGACAGGAGGAGUGGGGUGUGGGCAGAGGGAAAGGAGGCCGGGUCAACCUGGCUGGGGAGGUGAUCCGUCUGGCAGAGGAGGUUGAAGUUCAGCUUGAGACCCAGAAAAAGCUACUGAAGCAGAUUGAAAGUCACAGGGCAGUGUGGGCUCGGCAGAAAGACGUCGGGAAAAGAGAAACGGACAAUACAAAAGAUGUCAACCAAGAGGUCGUCCAACAGUCACAGACGCCUCCGCCUCCUCCAAAAGACAGUGUGGAUGAUGGGGACCAAACUCAAAUUAAACCUACACAGAAGCCUGUUUAUACAGUAGCUUCAGCCUCCAAGUUAGAACAGCACCAGGACAUUGAAAAAAAGGAAGAGAUUGGUGAGAACGAUAAACCAGCGACUUCGGAGGCCCGCCCAGAUGUCAUCAUUCCCAUCCUAGUUAUUGCUUGCGACAGAGUGACGGUAAAACGUAGCCUUGACAAACUGAUACAAUACCGCCCUUCUCCAGAACAAUACCCAAUCAUUGUCAGCCAAGACUGCGGCCACGCCGAGACGGCUCGUGUGAUCAGCUCUUAUGGCGAUCAAGUAAGGCAUAUAAAGCAACCGGACCUGUCGGACAUCAGAGUUCGGCCAGAGCACAGGAAGUUCCAGGGCUACUACAAAAUUGCCCGACAUUACCACUGGGCACUUAACCAAGUGUUCAACACGUUCUCCCAGUCUACUGUGGUCAUAGUGGAGGAUGACCUGGAGGUGGCCCCAGACUUCUUUGAGUAUUUCAGAGCCCUGUACCCGAUUCUGCGCGCUGACCCCACCCUGUGGUGUGCUUCAGCCUGGAACGAUAACGGCAGAGAGGCCUUGGUGGAUCCCUCUAAAGCCCACCUCCUCUACAGAACAGACUUCUUCCCCGGUCUGGGCUGGAUGCUGCUGAAGGAGAUGUGGGAUGAACUGGAGCCCAAAUGGCCCUCGGCAUUCUGGGACGACUGGAUGCGUCAACCGGAACAGCGUAAGGAGCGCUCUUGCAUCCGGCCCGAGAUCUCCCGGACUAUCACCUUUGGCCGCAAAGGCGUCAGUUUAGGUCAGUUCUUUGACCAGUACCUUCGCUACAUUAAGCUAAACACUGAAUUUGUGCCUUUUACCAAACAGGAUUUGUCUUAUUUGCUAAAAGAGAACUAUGAUGAAAAGUUUAUAAAAGAGAUGUACAGCGCCCCGCUGGUGAAGAUUGAGGACCUGCAACAAGCGGGCACCUUAAAAGGACCUGGGCCGUUCCGGGUGCAGUACUCAAGCCGGGACAGUUUUAAGGUCUUUGCUCGAAAACUGGGAGUGAUGGACGACUUGAAAUCAGGAGUUCCUCGUACAGGUUACAGGGGCAUAGUGGGUUUCCUUUUCCGGGGUCGGAGGGUGGUCCUGGCUCCGCCAGAGGGUUGGACGCAGUAUGACGUCAGCUGGAGCUGAGACACUGGUCCACACUGUACUAUAGCAAUGGUGUUGGAGAGGGGACACAACCUUACUAAGAGGGGACACCCUCUCAGACCAAAGAAUAUCAGCAGACGCAGUGGUUCAUGAAGGAAUGAAAGCAGCACACAUGACGCUACACAUCCAUGGAGCAUGGAGUGUUGAGCCAGGCCGCUUUGUGAGGGAAGCUUUAAAAAGGAGUGUUCAUUCAGGAUCAGUUAGUUCAGCUGGCCACACAGAAUUUACAGAGUGUAAAAUUGUUAGGAAAAGGAAAUUCCACCCUUAAACACUGUUUCAAAACCUCUAUUGGCAAUGUGCCUUGCUUUCUGGGCCCAUUUAGCUUGGUGUAUUUUUUAUUCCUUUAAAUAAGUGGCCAAAUGUAGACUUAACAUCUCAUUCAGAAGUUUGCAACAGAGGUAAAUGGAGUUUGGUAGCAUAAAAUCAUUUGAAUUGUCAACAGAAGGGGAUUGUUUCCGUAUGUGGGAUAAUACACUGGGAGCCAAACACAAGCAGAGUGAUCAGCUCUAGAACGUGGGAGAAAAUCAGUGUUCUGUAUAAAAUCUUCGGGCAUUUUUGUUACAUGUUGCAAAGUUUUGGAAAUGGAUCCAACUCGUCAGAUCACGUUACUGUUUUAGUCUAUACACUAUUCAGAAGCAGGAAAAUGCUUGGCUUAUACAAGGUUUUUGGUGGUAAACAGAGUUCAAGGUGGUUAACAUUAAAGAUGGAAGAGACAUCAACUUCCCAAAUGGCAGUGAACUGAUCCAGGGCCAGCUAACUGCGCCACUGUCCUGCUGUGCUAUCUCCCGGAGCGCUGAGCAACUCAUAAAAUCUGUUCUGGGAAUGUUGAAAAUACCAGAUCAUAAGACGCCUAUAAGGUGGGUAUAAACGAUGCCAGGUGGCUGCAAAAUAAUCCUUUUAAUUUACUUAGUUUCCAAAAACAAGUUAACAAAGUGAUUUACAGAAAUAAACAGAAAA